AGUUCCCUCAGGUUAUCUCCCAAACAUGUCAAACAUACUGAACCCUCGUAUGACAGGGCGUUUUGUGAACAGCCAAUCAAAACACAUCAAAUGUAACUCACGUGGGGUCGACAAAGUCGCUGAGCUCAUCUACAAAGCCAUUGUAAAUGACGGAUUUGGCAGGAAAAUCUGGCAGAAACACGAUUUGAACCCUCAAGGCCAGAGUGAACAAGACAUGAUCAAUUGGAUAUUUUUUGUAGACACUGUUAAUUUCUCAUUCUGGCCAGAGGAGGGUGAAGUGAAGUUUGGGGUAAAAGAUCACAAUGGUAAAUUACAAACUGGUUACUGGAGUUUGUGUGCGGCUGUUAAUCGAGCACUAAAAGUAGGUAUACCUGUGACUGAUGCAGAGUUCAUGGCUAACGCUACUAAAGAACAGCUUGAAACAAUAUUCAGGUCAGACACCGAGGGUAAAAUUCCUUUAUUGGAAGAGAGAUUAAAAGCGAUUAACGAUGCAGGUAAAGUUUUAUUAGAACAGUACUUUGGGUCGUUUUCAUUCUGUGUCAUGCGAGCUGGUAAAGACGUGCAGAAACUAAUGGACAUAAUAGUGGACAACUUUGAGUCAUACCGGGAUAUGUGUAUGUACAAAGACAAAACAGCUUCAUUCCUCAAACGGGCCCAGAUACUUGUGUCAGAUAUCUGGACCUGUCUAGAUGAAGGACUGGGAGAGUUCAAUAACAUCCAGAAUAUCACCAUGUUUGCGGACUACCGUGUUCCUCAAUCCCUUGUUGCGUUUAACGUUUUGAACUACUCUGAUGAGUUGAAAACCAUGUUGAAAACACGGACUGCUAUCAAGCCAGGAGAUGAGAUAGAAUGUGAGAUUAGGGGGAUGAGUAUUUAUGGGUGUGACCAGAUAGUGGGGCAGGUGGAGCAUAUGGCCAGGGAAGAGGGGACGGAGGUUGAGGUUAAUGCUAUACUUGUUGAUUAUUUCUUGUGGGAGUGGGCUAGGGAUAAUCGGCUCCUGGUUGAUGAGCUGCCUUUUCAUAGGACUAGAACUUUUUAUUACUAA